AUGGAUGCCCUGUUCUUUCUUCCAUCAGAUUCCACCAUCCCCACCAAUGUUUCUGCUGUCACAGAAUUCAUCUUCCUGGGCCAUUCCAGCUCCCGUUCUAUCCAGCUCCUUCUCUUUGUGUUGGUUUUGGCUGCUUAUGCAACAGUUCUGGUGGGCAACCUGCUCAUUGUGGUGACUGUGCAUGGAGAGCCCCACCUCCACCAGUCCCCCAUGUACUUUUUCCUGGCCAACCUGUCCAUCUUCGAUAUUGCCUUAGGCUCGGUGGCUACACCCAAACUGUUGACCGACCUGAUCAGCUACAGCAGGACCAUUACGUUUGUGGGCUGCAUGGUCCAGAUCUUCUUCAUCCACUUUAUUGGGGGCUCGGAGAUGCUCCUUGUCACCCUCAUGGCCUAUGACCGCUAUAUGGCCAUCUGCCACCCAUUGACCUACAUGACCAUCAUGAACCGCCCACAUUGCAUCAGGCUCCUGACAUCCUGUUGGGCUGGAGGACUCAUUCAUACCACCACCCAGAUGGUUUUGCUUCUCCGACUACCAUUCUGUGGUCCAAAUCAGCUGGACAACUUUCACUGUGACCUGCCACAGGUGAUCAAGUUGGCCUGUGCUGAUACGUACGCCACAGAGCUCCUUGUGGUGGCCAAUAGCGGCCUGCUUUCCCUUGUCUGCUUUCUUGCCUUGCUAGCCUCCUAUGGCGUCAUAGUUGCCAGCCUUCGAGGUCACUUCAGGGAGAGCGGAGGGAAGGCCCUGUCCACCUGUAGCUCCCAUUUGAUUGUGGUCUUCAUCAGCUUUGUGCCCUGCAUCUUUGUGUACUUGGUGCCUUUCUCUAGGUCUCACAUGGACAAGGUGGCCUCUGUGUUCUACACAUUGAUUGUGCCUUCCCUCAACCCAAUUAUAUAUACGCUGAGGAACCGGGACAUGAGCAAGGCAAUGGGGAGGCUAAAGAACCGGUGUCUGUUCUCCCAUUCAACUGUGAAAGCAGAGAAACUCUAA